CUUAUUUGUGUAGCAACAUUUUAUUGACGUUAUUAUACUACCGAAUAGAAGUGACGUCGUUAAAACGUACAAACUCUUUAAAAUUACGUAGAACUAGCGCCAAAAUUAGCUUCAAUUACGUACUUCCCAAUUUUAUCAUCUUGUAAUCAUACGUGUUUUGUGUUUGUUGUCAGGCUAGAACGAAGUCUUUGUCGAUGUAUAUUUGUGUAAUUUAUUAAAAAUUUCGAAGGUAAUCGUGAAUAAAACAGUAAUAUGUCUUUGUUAAAAUGAAGUGAGUGUAAUUCAAAGUGUCUUCUUCCGUUGUUCUACAUACGAUUACAGCGAGUCAAAAACUGCUAAUCGAUAGCUUUUAGAGCGGCCUCCGUCGAUAUAAGCUGGAUUCUGUCAUAAAAUGGCGUUUUCCUUUCGAAAAAUAAUUUCCAAUAUUGGAUACUUUAAAAAACCUGGCGAUGACGAAAUUGGUAGUACCGAUAGCCACAAUGACCCAGAAUUUGAUAAACAGCGCUGCAUAUCACAAUUGAGUACAGGCGAUGCGGAAAUUAUUAAUUUUGAACGUCCUGAGCCCGAUUCCACUUCAAUACAAUGUGCUACAAGUCUCAAACUACCAGAAUCGGUCAGGAACUUUGCCACCAAAAAGGGUUCUUUAUCAGACACAGAUCUGUUAACUGUAAACAUGGAAAAAGGCAAAAAAGAAAAACAAAAAUCAAGAAAAUUAAAAGUUGAUAUUAAAAAAGCAAACAAGUCGUUCGAUGAAACCGUCAAAAGAGAAAACGUUGAAAACACACCAACACAUGUACUUUUAGAAUGCAAAAGUUCUGAGAUAUUUAGCGAAAGAAUGAAGCAGUUUGACUUUAGCAAAUCAUUUGAAAUUGAUUCCGAUGUUUCGUCUUACGAGGAGGAUGAAAAUUUCGAAAUAGAAUCUCUUUCCGACAUCUCUCUUGAGUCCGAAGACAAGACCAGCAUUAAAAUGUGCAGAAAAGUCAGUACGGAUAGCCAGUCAAGCAAUGAAGGAACACAACUAGUCCCAGCAGCCAGUAUUGAGUCUUUUGGAGAUGUUGAAAUAGAUAAGAACGAAGAAGAACGUGUAGCUACACUGUUGAACUACCAAAUGAAGUUUGAAAAAAUGGAGGGAUUCCUUAACAAAAUGCUCACCGAAUUCCAAUUUCACAUAGAAGUGUCUAAGAUUUUUAAUACCAGGUCCUUGAUCAGCUCUUUAGCUGGUCACAACACACACAUGCCCAAACAGCUAGAUGAGGUCUCUAGCAUGGAAAAUAACAACCGAGGCAUAAGCCCUACAGGAUCAUGGAACAUUGUCUUGGAUAAAGAAGACCGGAUGACCAAAAUCAAGCUUAAAAACCAACUACUUUCCAUACGUAAUAUUAUAGACGAGUUCAUCAAUACUAACCUCAAAAACCAAUCCUCAGGCCAGCGUCCUAUGCUUUGUAAAAAAAACAGAAGCAUCACAUUUGAUUUGCAUAAAGGCAAACGCAUGCACAAACUUCACGUAAGCAACAAAAAGAAAAUCAGGCAUUUCGAUUUCCCUGAUAUUCGUGAAGCUAUGAUCAAUUUGUUUUCUCCAGAUGAUAACACCAACACUGUGGUAAAUGCAAGCUUUGAUGAAUCAGACAUGAAAUGUAAUUGUAAUUGUCACUUAAAUUCACCGUGUUCAACUGAGACCGACUCUGGUGUAACAAAGUCUGUAGAACGCUCAAUGUCCAUCACGUCUUCGAUUGGCAAUUUCAUCCUUGAUUCUUCAACUUUAACAGCUUAUUCCGAAUCCUUGGACCAGAUUAUAAGCUAUAACAGCUUCCAAGAUGCAAGCUUAUACAGUACAUUGCUGCAAAAAGCAGCAAUUGAACGUAUAACAUUCUACGUUCAAGUGCACAGCAUUCAGUUGAAAUGCGAGACGGAACAAGACUAUGAAACUAAGAAUUUAAUAACGUUCUUCUGCCCAGCUUGCAAGUCUACUGAGAAUGAAGAAAACGGCCUACUGAAGCACAUUUUAGGUCAAUACCAUUGCGAGAAGAUCCAUUUUCUUUACAAAACUGCUUAUAUCAAGAAAUGUGUGCAGGCCGGUAAGGAGAUUCAACCCAGCACGGUCUUAAACCCGAUGAAGAUGUACAGAGAUGACAAUAAAAUCGUGUGUUUUGGAGAUGCAAUGUACGCUUGCUCGCUGUGCUUUGAGAAUCUGAUCGUAGGUGAGUCCAUAUUGAUGGCACACUGCUCGGAGCCAGAACAUGUGGAACGAAGAGAGAAACUGCCGGAAAUACUAGAAUAAGCCGCAUGUCGCAUGUACGUUACGGUUUGGGCUCUGUCAUUUGUUUUUAUUUAUUUAAUAUUUAGGUAGAUCUUUGAAAACCGGCGGUCGAUCUCACUUCAGUUUUAUAGUUUAUGGCAAGCGGUCGUAAUAGAGUAAACAACCGCUACUGCCAAAGUCAAGUAUAGACAAGACACUCGUCUAUAGAGAAUGUCCGGUAAGUGUAUCCAAAGUCAUUCCAGGAUAACCAUUGUAUUACCUGCGGGCUUGGCACCGUAAGCACGCGACUCUUUCUCGCCGCGACAGAGAUCAUCUGUCUCUUUCUGUGCAGUACUGUAAGAGAGUGACGGGUGACGUAUGUCGAGGCGAGAAAGAGUCGGUGCUAAGCCCGCUGAACUGUUACUGUCAACGAAAAACUUAACGUAAGUGGGCGACAUACGUAGGCUAGUUUGCAACUAGUCAAAUCAGUAACUUUUUACUAAACGUCAUAACAUGAAAUCACUAUGGAAUUUGUAUGAAAAAGCACACUGUGACGUCAUAGAAAAAGUGUCAAAAUUUCUUAAAAUUUAUAAAUAAGUUAAAUAGAAACGUUUUUUGACACUUUUAGGUCUGUCUUUAAUUAGUAAUCAGAAUUUCAUAAUUUAACUUUGACCUAGGAAACUACCGAAUUGUAACUGGAUAUUUGUACAAAGAAAAAAAAUUCCAGAAUAUUUUUGCGAUCACGUAAUGAUAUUGACUUCCGGUGUUCGAAGAACUACCCAUUUGCUUGUGAGAUGAUUUAUUUUAUAUGGCAUGGCCAAAAUAUCUAGGUAAAAUUUUAAAUUAUAUUUUGUUUUUAAUCAAGGCGUAUUAUUAGUGAUGAUUAUAUUUUACAACAUCCUAAGACAGUUUAAAAAAAACUUUAUGUAAAAAAAAUCAGAACAUUUUUUUAUUUACCAAAAAUGUUUUUAAAUAUGUUUUUCGUUUAAAUCUCUUAAAAAGGGGAAAAUUUAUUAUUUGUGUACAUUAAAAAAUACAAAAGUUAUAAUAAAAUAAAAUUAAUGGAACCCAGAGUUAGGAAAAAUGACAGAGACCAAAAUAUGUAAAAAAAGAUGGAUGUCUGAAAUUUUGAUUUAUUUUCAAUAUCUUUUUGAUGUUCGUUUCGGGACUGUCUUUGUGAAUGAACUUGACUGUACUAAUAUUUGUUAUGUUUUGAAUGUUUCUCGACUAACUUAAUUAAUUUUACACUUUCUAAAAUAUUAUAGAAAAGAAAUUCAAUAUCGAAAGUUGAUUUUGUAUGUAUUUUUUUUUAUUAUGGAAUCAAGUCAAUUUGUAUCGGUAGUCGUAAGGUAGGUUAUCCGCCAUAUUGUUUUUGUGAAAAAAGUAUCAAGGUGCUCUUCUCCACUGCCAUUUGACAAGUGUCGUAAAAAAUGUGUUCAUUUUGAAAAUAUCCACUUUAUACCUGGAUUUUAGGCAAUAAGUUAGAAACCAAGUCAUUCGCUUUCUUAUAAUUUUUAAUGAUAUUCCCACCACCACGCUACUAUGACACGAAACGAUUUAGAAAAAAACAAUGUCAUAAAUUGACCCGACAGGGAUUCAUACCUGGGUCUUCGUGAUCGAGAGGUCGUGUUGUUUUCAAACCUAGCCCAAACUGAAAAAGUCAUAAUUGGACUUAACGGCCAGUAUUUUGUGUUUUAUUAAAGCUUGUAAAAAACAUUUUAAAAUAUUUUUGCAAAAUUAAAAUUAGAAGGAAGCGAAACCUCAUAUUUGUUUGUUGGAAAAAAACAGGGUGUUGUAAACUAAAAAAACCUCAUUUUCUUUUUUAAUCUGUAAGUUUACUUAACACUAUUUUCUAAUAAUAGUUCUAAGCUAAGUUAAUGACAUAUAUUCACCCGUACCUAUUCUAAAAUGCUUGAAGAAAAAAUCAAUACAUUAUCGGCAUUUUUUUCUACAAGUAUUCUGGUUAGUGUUAUGUAAGGCUUAAUUCUCUUAAUGAUUUCUUUUUCCAAUCUUUGACUUCAAAAAUCUCAAUUUUGUUGUUACCUACUUAUACUUAUUAUUAUUUUUUAUAUGACUAUGGAUUAAGCCUAGCACAUAAGUAUGUUUAACGUAUUUAAAAAAAAUGUAUAGAAAAAAAGUUGAAAAAAUUUAAAAAAAUGAUCUCAACUCAAAACGCCUCUAGAUGAAAUCUUAAAUCAAACUGAAAAGACUGAUAUUUUGAAAAUACAUUUCCAAAAAAAACAUGAUUUUUCGGGAAUAAAUCAGUAUUUUUUUUAUUUUAUUUUUUUAUUGUUUUAUCAUAAUAUUUUUUAGCCAAAUACCUAAUCUAAUAGUUGUUUUAAAAACUUGUCUCUGUAUUUAUUAUUCAUUUGUUUCUAGUUUGUCAGGUUGAAAUUAUUACCAUCCUUUUCUGCCGACAAGUGCAAGGAAGAUAUAUAGCUAGUUUUAAAACUAUCAAAUUAAAAUUAAAUUUGCGUUCAGUAGAAUGCGCCCGGUUUUUCGGAUUCCAAACCUCAAUAGGAAGACGGAACCCUUAUAAGAUCACUUCUUAAAUAGAAUUAAUACUUUUAUUUGAUAUUCUGUUCACAUUCAAAAUGUUUUCAGCGACUUUUUUAACUAUAUUAAAAAAAUAUAUAAGGAUACUUAUUUAUAAAAUUAACAACAAGCCGCCAUAUUGCUCGAAUAAAAUUCCCCGACAUCUGUCGUGUUAAUUUACUUUUAAUACUUUUAAACCAUACCAAAGUUUUACUUUUACAUAAAAUGUCAGUAAAGUUAGUCAUUAAAUAAAUAAAUUACAUUUGUAGAAAUAGCGAAAGUUGCUUUUACAUAAUAUUUUUUAUAUUCUACUUUUUUACUUAUAUGAAAAUUAGUUUUUUUUAAUUUUCGUUUACGACUCAAAUACCGUCUAAAUAGGCUUACAGUUGGUUGAAAAGGUGACUAAACAUUGUUUUUGGCGUAAUAUUAAAGUUAUGCCUAAGAUGGAAUUAACUACUUAGCUGGAUAAAUGGGAUGAGCGUCCAAGAGCGUCCAGCAAUGUUGGUCAUGAUUGAUUAUACACUUAAUUUUUUAUCAUUGAACUAUAAGUUUUGUAUAAUAGGGGCUCCGAAAAUUGUAGAUACAUACAAAAGCUUAUUUAAGUUUGACAGUGGCGCUGUAUCCUGUACACACCGUCUAAUUUUAUUUCAAGUUACACCUGUCAUUUUCUUAUCCGCCGAAAAGGAAAGAGACGGGUAAUCGACAGGCAUAAAAUUUAUGGAAUAUACGCCGAUUUUAGGCAGAAAAAGCAACUGUCAAAAUUUUACAUUGGCCAAUAACAGAACAGAAUUAUGUUGACAGCACACGUCUAACGGGUUGCAUGUCAGCGAGAUGCUUUUUUGAUUGGUCCGGGUUCUAAAUUAUUAAUUGUAACUUUAUCAGUUACCUCAAGUGAAAUUCAGUGUACCUCCAUGAAUAAAUGAAAAGGGCUCAUUUACUUUUAUAAUUUCUCCCGUUUCAUGGAGGUACAUUGAAUUUUAGUUUAGGUACAUUCAGGUAAGUUGCAGGAACAUUGCUUUUGUAUAUAACAUAUUGAUAUCUGCAAUAGUACAUCCGUCAUUCUCUGCCAGACUAUUUUUAGAGUUGUCAAACUUAAAUAAAAUUGAGUUUUGUCCACCAGAAUUUAAUUUAGGCACCAUUUUUUAAAAUUAAGUUUAAGUUUUUUGAUCUCCUAGAACUGUUGAAAGUAUUUAUUAUUUUACAAAAAGAAAACACUGAUUUAUAUCCGAAAAAUCUAUCGACCCUUUGCAGCCGCCUAUAUUAAAAAGUAAUGUUGAAAUUUAACUUUGAAGUUAGUUUAGAACUAGCGUGUAGUCUCAGUAAUAUUUAACCUUUAAGAACUGAUUAACCAUAGGUUAAAUCUUAGGGUUAAAAAUUUAGUUGUAAGAGUGGGAAGCGAGUGGUGACACAUACAAACAUACAUUUUCACACACUUUAAAAACAUUCUAGAGAUACGUAGGCCGAAUAAUUGUUGGGUAGUUAAAAAUAAAAUAAAUUUAUUGCCAGUAACAGUUUAAAUUUUAGACAUUUGCGCAUAUAAAAGUAAGCGCGCAAUGUAAAAAAAUGUCAAAUAACAAUAUUGCUUUCUUAGAUGAAUUGCUUCCAUGUGGCCAUUUUAACCCCGCUUAGUGCUUUACCGAUCUGUUCCAGACAACCCUAUGUGACAUCGUUUCUCACUCUACCACUAAAAUAAGUUAAUGUACAUUAUCAAGUACAGCAAUAGUCGUUGUGAUAACUGUAGGUCAGUGUAACGCCAGGGUUGGGGAUAUCGGUUAUUGACCUCACAGCCAUACCAGACAAGUGUAAUGUCUUCUCGACUGUUCAAAAAGCAAUCUCUUGUAUAAUCCGAUCACGCACAAAAGCCUAACAUUCCGAUGUAACUUGUGUAUUUUAAUGUCUUAUUGAGGGAUGUUAGUGGUUGUAGGUACAUGUAUUACUGACGGUCAACAUCCUUUUUUCUAGGGUUGAACCACAUUUGUAAGCACGAAACAGCUUUUUGGCAUUUGGUUUGUUUAAAGCAUAGCGAGCGAGAGCGCGUGGCUACAUGCGAUCUCCCGCUCUUUUUGUCACUCUAGUAACCGUUCUGAGUGACAAGGACAGAAGCUACGAUGAGGCCAGAUGCAGUUCAACCCUUAGGGAGAGUCACAACUCUCUUUAAGAGCCACUUUUCAUACGAUGUCGUAAGAUGGAUAUGAUGAACAGUCUGGAGGCAGGUUUUCCAGAAAAAUCGUCCAAAUAUCAGCAGUAUUAUAUUAAUGGGCAAUCUACUCGGUACUUUGGGAUAAUUCCCCAAUUUAAGAAAAAAACGGGUAUGGAGGGUAAAUGCUUUGGGUAUAAAUGGGAAUUAACCGAAAAUGCCGGGUAGUUUGCCCGUCAAUAAUCAGCGGAGAAUAUUUCCUAUUAUUGUGAAUUUGUGACGCUAGCAUCCCUUUUUAAUAGUUGAAUAGUUAAGUAUAAUGCUAAUAUUACGCAUAUACGCUAACUUAGCUUUUUAGCUUAAUUGUAAGAAGAAAGGGAACGGCUGAAAAUAUAGAAAAAUGUAAAAAAAAACUUUUUCCAAAGCCCCCUUCGUCUUCGUAAUAACUAAUUAAAAUAAGCAAAAACAUAAAAUGUGCACGAACACUAAUUAAAUUCAAAUGUAAAAAAAAAUAUACCUAAUCCCAUUUUUUGUUGUCUGUUACUUUUUUUGUCAGAAAAUAAUAAUAUAAAAUGUGCGUUUUGAAAGUAAAAUUCGAGGCUCAAAAUGUUAUAUUGUUCAAUAAACAAGAAUUUAGAUGCUAAAAACUACUUCUGUGAUUUUAUACUGUAAAAUAAACCGAAAUUGUUGAAAUAGUUCGUAAAAAAUAGCAAAAAUGUGAUGGCGACGAUUUUUGAAAAAUAUUAAAAUACAAAACUUGUUAAAAUUUCAUAUUUUAGCUAAAAAGAAAAUAUUACAGUUCCUUAUAUUUUUCCUACUUGUAAAAUAAAAAUAUUAAAAAUACAAAAUGGUUGUCAAAAAGCUUCCUUUUUCAAAAUCGUCGUGAUCUCCCGCCAAUUUGGUAAAAUCUGUGAUCCACAAAAACGUGUUCAUAUCAUUGUUAUAGCUUUUAUUAUACACUUGGAAACAUUAAAAAAUUAUAUUACUUUUUAUUAUUUUAUUUUAAAUUAAUAAUUGGCGUCU